GACAAUGUUGUAAACAUAUAAUACCACUUCUUUCAACGAUAAGUUUCAAGUAGAAAGUGACUUAUUUAUUCCCACUUUCGGGUGUUUGUUUCAGAAAUAAAUUCUCCCAACUUCACUUUGCGGUACCUCUUGAAUAAUAAUAAGCCAAUGGUGGUCAAUGGCGGUGUUUUUGGUCUUCUGCUGCAUGUGCGGUUAUGCACCUGUGUUACACCAAAGAUACUAGAGAGGGGCAUGCACUACGAACAAGAGACGUUGUUGGAGCUGAUUUACUGAAAAGUGAAGGGCAUAAUGGAACUCGCUUGUGAGUCAUCGCCACCAACUACCAAAAGCUGAAAUAUCAAGAUAUUUAUCAACAAGUUGUGCUUCUCUGAUCAAAGACCUUCUGAAUUAAUGACAGGUGCAAGGACACUUGAACUCUCAAAAUGAGCCCGUGUGCUGAAAUCUUAUGGAUGGUGCUGCUGUUUUGCUUAACCCACCAUUGCUGCAUCCAUACUACCAGAGUGUCGGCCCAAGACACGCCCAAUUGUCAGAACAAAGCAUGCUACCCACCCUUCAUUGAUCUCAUCCAGGAUUUGCCUAACAGGACGCUUGCCGUCAGUUCCACAUGCGGCACUCCACCAAUGGACUACGAGCUCCUGUUCUCCAGCUCUAGUGGAGACACCCACGAGCGCAGGACCUGCGACGCCGCCAACCCUCAAAAUGCGCAUCCGAACACCGCCCUCUAUGACUCGGUCACCUCGUUCUUCAUCUCGCGGCCCGACCUGACUACGUGGUGGCAGUCGGAGAACGGGGCCCGGGAUGUUCAGUUGACGCUGACACUCGGAGACAGUUUUCUUUUCCAGGGGACAUCACUUGCCUUCCGCAGCCCGCGGCCCCAGUCUCUCUUCAUUGAGAAGAACACCGAUUUUGGGAGGACCUCAUGGUUACCCCUGCAGUACUAUGCCGUCAGCUGCAGCCAGACUUUUCCUACUGUUCCCACUGUGGAAGGUGUUAUAAGUUACCUUCCUAUAUGUGAGGAGAUAUACGUUGUUGGAGAUGCCUCAACAGAAAUCCCCAAUAGUAAUAUUCAGGAGGUGCGAUACAAUCCAGCUCAGCAGCUAGGCCCAGAUUUCUCCCAGGACUCAGUCACGCGUUACUUCACUGUCACCAACAUCCGUGUCACCCUGGGCCUACCAGGUAGUGAGGUGGCUUUUAGGAACUACUUUGCCGUAGCUGACUGGGAAGUGAACGGCCAGUGUUUGUGCUUCGGCCAUGCUGAGGAGUGCAGGGGAGCGGAUUUAUCUGAAUGUGUCUGUCAGCACAACACCGCCGGCCGUCACUGUGAUCGUUGCUUGCCACUGUUCAACAACAAACCCUGGCAAGCGGCCGUCAGAGGACAAAACACAGCCAAUGCAUGUGAAGAGUGUGACUGCAAUGGCUUUGCUGUUAGCUGUAUCUAUGAUGCCACCAAGGGGCAUGGGGUCUGUCAGGACUGUGCAGAGAACACAGGUGGAGACAAUUGCCUACGCUGUAAUGACAACUACUUCAGGAACCCCUAUACAGACCCUGCAAACAACGACACAUGUGUGGCAUGUAUGUGUGAUGUGAAUGGCACACAACCCAACACAAUCUGCAACGAAAUAGACGGGAACUGUACGUGCAAGCUGAACGUGCAGAAUGCACACUGCGAUGAAUGCAAAGACACGUUCUUCAAUCUGAACGGUCUGAAUCCAGUCGGUUGCCAACCGUGUGACUGUGACCCUAUCGGUUCCCUGGGCUCCACCAACUUCUGUGACAAAGUCACCGGGCAGUGCAUCUGCAAGAGUAAUGUAGAGGGCAGCAGAUGCGACACCUGCAAGGCCGGUAGCUACAACCUAGAUACAGCCAAUCCUGAUGGCUGCUCCCUAUGCAGCUGUGACAUAGGAGCUUCUCUGAGUGGUCAGUGUGAUGGGACCACCGGGGCUUGUACAUGCAGGCCUAACAUUGCCGGCCGGGCCUGCAAUCUGACCGUGACGGGUUACUAUGUGCCUAAGCUGGAUGGGUUGACGUAUGAGGGGGAGCUGGCAUCGGCGGAUAAGGAUGUUACCAUUGAGGAGAGACCUACCGAUACCGACACUGCCAGGCACACAGGCAGAGGCUUUCUAGCUGUCCCCAUUUCAACUAUAGUCACAUUCACUGAUGUGAACAUUCCCCGCACACAGGCCUAUGAAAUGGUGCUGAGAUAUGAGAGUGCUGCUAAUUUCCCAAAUGUUCGCAUUGCGUUGGACCAGCAAGCACCCACGGCCUAUGAGUGCCAGGGGACCACGCAGUCUGGUGACACCAUAGCUCUGCCAUCGAACAUACCUGCAGCUGGAGUUGGAGGUGCACUGCGGUUUGGCUCAGCCUGUCUGAAUGCAGCAAGCCAGUACAAUAUCUCAGUUGAAAUUGGUCUGUCUGAUGGAGGCGAGAAUGCUAUCAUUCUUCUGGAUUCGGUGGUCUUGCUUCCUGUAUUGGAUGACCUGGAUGUCUUCACCUCUGACAUGACCUCUAACCUGACCCGAGAGGUCAUGACAUCCUGUUGGGAGGCAGCUGUCAUAGCCAGGCCUGGCCUGACAGUGGAUUCAGGGGAAUGCUCACAGUAUGAGUUCUCCAUAAUGGCCGAAGUUUACAACGGAGCUGUCGCUUGUUCGUGUAAUGAUGCUGGAACUGUGCCAGGUACAGCGUGCGACUCGUACAGUGGCCAAUGCCAGUGCAUUGAAGGCGUGACCUCACAGUCAUGUGACUACUGCGCAGCGUAUCACUAUGGUUACGACACAGUGGCAGGCUGCACACCAUGUGGCUGUGACAUCAAUGGUGCUAUCACACCGUCAUGCCAUGAGACUACGGGAGCCUGUGACUGCCAUGUGAACGUGAUGGGUGCCAAAUGUGACGCAUGCUUGACAGAACAUUAUGGGCUGUUCACAGGUACUGGCUGCACCCCUUGUACCUGUGAUCUUGAUUACUCCCUGGACAAUGCGUGUGAUGACCUGGGUCAAUGUAGCUGCAAACCAGGCAUCGGGGGACAGAGCUGCACUGAAUGUGCACCUGGCUUUUACCAGUUGACAACAGAGGGCUGUACCUUUUGCGAGUGUGAUCAGGUGGGGAGUGCGCAAAGUGGCUGUGACAGCGCGGGCAACUGCCUGUGUAGUGAGGGCACCACCGGCGACAAAUGUGAAGCGUGUAAAGAAGGUUUUUAUGGCUUUGGGCCCUGGAGUGAGCGUGGCUGUGCCCGCUGCUAUUGCUCCUCACACAGCACGCAGUGCAGCACUGCGUUAUCCUGGUUCAGGGGCCAGGUCGUCAGCAGUUGGUCCCUGCUUAACUUUGGAGCUGUUGAUCCACGUUGGACCGGGGUGACGGGUACCGGUGACAGUGUUGCAAUCAGUGAAGUGCCCAUUCUGGAUGUGUCCAAUCCCAGAUUGAUUCUAGAGCUGACCGAGCUGAGUAACUCCACUGACUUCUUCUUUGCCUCACCCUCUGUCUUCCACGGUGAUUUCCGCACGGCCUACGGCCAGUCUCUGACCUUCACGCUCAGCCAGUCAACAGCCCAAGACCCCUCUGUAAAUCCAGAGGGAGAUGUCUUCAUUGAUGGAACCUAUGUGGAUGAGACACUGGUUGCCGCGCUGCCGUAUGUACCAAACACCAAUAUGAAUGAGACAGAGUACCAGUUCAAGCUACAUGAGAACUACUGGCGCAAAGGUAGCUUGCAAGGGGACCAGCCAACCGCUGAAUUUAUGAUCAAGAUGUUAGCUGGUAUCCGGUCCAUCCGCAUCCGGGCCAAAUACACUACGCUACCUGGGGAGUCAGUAUUCCUGCAUAGUGCCAUGCUAGAUUAUGCCAUGCAGGGUGAUGGUUCAAUAACGGGAGAAUCCGCGGACUUUGUGGAGAAUUGUACCUGCCCUGCUCAGUACACGGGUCUGUUUUGUGAGAGCUGUGCGCCAGGCUUCAAGCGAGCCUCAUUAGACAUGGGGCCUUUCUCUGACUGCGUCCCCUGCGAUUGUAACAGUCACAGUGAUCUACCCUGUCACCCGGACACCGGUGUCUGCCAGGGUUGCGGAGACAACACCGGAGGGGAGUUUUGUGAGCUGUGCUUGGAUGGUUACUAUGGAAACGCCACGGGCGGCACGCCAGGUGACUGUCAGCCCUGUUUGUGCCCAGGACCCCCGGGUAGUGUCAACUCCUUUGCUUCGGUCUGUGAUGAUACCGGAGUCUGUGCCGAUUGUGCAGUAGGCCACAGUGGGGACUACUGCCAGACAUGCGUGACCGGGUAUUACGGUGUUCCAACUAACACUUUGACAAACAAUGGCCAAUGCCUGCCCUGUUUCUGCAACCUGAGCCCUGGCGAUUGCAACACCAUCACCGGGGAGUGUUUGAACUGCGCAGGGAACACUACUGGCCAUACCUGCGACAUCUGUGACUUUGGCUACUGGGGCACCAUAGACAACUGCCAAGCAUGCGAUUGCGAUCCAGUCGGCGGUUUUGGGAACUGCAGUCGUGAUGCUGGCGUAUGUUCCUGCUAUCCUAACGUGAUCGGGGACCGAUGUAUGCAGUGCGCUGUGGAUACCUGGGGCUUUGCCAGCGGGGAUGGGUGUAUGCCUUGUGACUGUCAUCACAUCGGGACUGUGAACCAACAGACGCAGUGUGACUUGGUGACAGGUCAGUGUGAGUGCAAGCCUAGGGUCACAGGUCAACAGUGUGACCAGUGUCAGCAGGGAUACUGGAACAUAGACCAAGAGUGCAUAGCUUGUGAGUGUAGCCUUGAGGGUACUGCCCUUGACACCUGUGACGUCAAUGAUAACUGUGCCUGCGAUCUUUUGACCGGUCAGUGCAGCUGUAAGUCCGAGACAAUCGCAGGACGGACGUGCAACAGGUGUGGACGCGUCGACGAAGAUGGGUCUGAAAUAGUCACUGAAGUGUUUGUUGGUGCUUUUCCAAACUGUGAGCCUUGCCCGGAAUGUUUCCAGGAUUGGCGCCGGGCAUUCCAAAAUAUGGCAGACCUGUUUAGAGAGCAACAGAUGAUACUCAGAGGACUAUUGGCAAACUACAACAAUCUGACCAGCCAGGAAGUAGACAACACACUAGACUUCAUCAGGGGAAACCUCAGCAGUGCAGCGGGGGCCAUUGAACAGGGAACCAGGGAACUGGUGGAUCUGGAAUACAUUCAGGCUGGCUUCAGCAUGAUUUCAGCCGAAGUGGCCAACUUCACGGACCUAGUGACCGCCGUGGAGACGCGUCGGCUGGAGCUGACCACCAGACUGACCAAUGUCCAGCAGUUCACAGGAAGCGUACUGAUCCAGGAAAACACCGUCAAGACUGCCGAGCAGCUGCAGCAGGAUCUCAAUGCAUUGAGUAGCACCACGACGGCACUGUUUCAACUAGGAAACGGCACAUGGGUCAAUAUACAAGGCAUGUAUGCAGCAAUUGAGGCUUCGGAGCAGGGCAUCCAGCAGCUUAUACGUGGUGUGGACAGACUCCUGCAGGAUAUUGAACGCGCUGCCAUGGAGCGACAACAGGCAGCAGUGAUCUUGGACGACGAAAACCGCGCCACUGAGGUCAACCAGAAUGCAAACCUGCUGACAACAAUCAGCGCUAUCCAGCAAGACUACCCGCUGGCAUCCACGGCCCAGAAUGCCUCAGCUGCCCAGCAGAUUGCCCUGGAGGCUAAUCAGAGUAUGCAGGGGGUCUUGCAGGGCGCCCUCAUAGUCCAGGGGCAGGCAGACGCCCAAGCCUAUCGGAGCGAGAUGGCUAGGUUUAAUGUCACCAAUGCUGAUACAGCAGCUAACCAGGCCCAGUCUGCUGCCAGGACUUACAAGGACCUUGCCUUGUCCACUAAGGCCAACAUGACCAGCCUGUACUUACAGGUCCUAGAUACCUACACAGCCCUCCAGGAUGCUGAGGCACGCAGCGUGGAGGCUCGGACCAUUGCCCGGGCCGUGCAGGACACGACGGUCCGUCCCUCCACUCAGAUGGACCAGCUGGUCAACCAGAUCAAUGCGGCACCGCUGACCGCCUCGAAUGUCCAGAAUCUACUCCAGGACGCGACCAGUAAACUGGGACAGGCUGAGCAGACCAAAUUGUCGGCUUCAGCUGGACAGCAGGAGGCAGAGUCGGUGGGCGCUCAACUUCAGACCAUUGAGUACGAGUUGACUGAAGGAGAGAGAGUGAGAAUGGAGACGACUCAGCGACUGACAGAAACAGACAACAACAUCACCAGCAUCAGGUCAACAGCCAGUCAGGUUCAGGAAGAAGCCAAUCAGGCAAUCAGCAGCGGACAGCAGACCUCAGCAGCUAUAUCCAGCAUCCUACAGGGAGUCAGGACCACACAGCAGUGUUUCAGUGCUAGGAGGAACCAGGCUCAGGAUGCAGCAUACCGGGCAAGUCUGGCUGGUACCCAGGCCACCACAGCACAACAGGCCUAUGAAUCCAGUGCUGCAGACACGGCAUCCCUGACUUCCCUGAUUAACGCAACUAAAAGUCAGUCUUCUACUGCCUUGAAUGACGUCACUGUGGUAUCUGAUCAAGCAGAGACACUCCAACAACAAGUGGUCACUGUCCAACAAAUGGCUGAUCUAGAUGCCUUGAUGACACAGUACAUGACCCAACGUGAACAAAUGCAGGAGCUCGAUGGCAAGCUGGAAGGACUGGAGGCCAGUCUAGACACUGUCCUGGCCAAUCUGGACAGUGCGGAGGGUGGCAGCUUACAGUGUAACUUAUAGUCUUGCAAUUCCAACACCGUAGCCACAAAAAAAAAAGAAAAAAAGUUGGGACUCAACAUGCUGAUUACCCCUCAAACUCCCACCAUUAAGCAUUAAAAUUUGACCGGCUUUUCUAAUACGUAAGAGUGAAAAGAGUAAUAAUAGUGGAAACCAUGAUGAAAAAAUAUUAGAUUGAGUUUAUUCACUGAUGAAUACAUAAAACCAUAGAGUGCUCGGGUGGUUUCGAGCGCUAUGGGGGGGGGGGGGAGUAAUAGAUCGUUAGUACUGCAGCCACCUUUGUGUUGUGUACUGUUGUUCAACAGGGAUACACAUAAGUAGAAGACUUGUGCAUUCACUGUUACUGAAUUAAAAUAACAAACCACACCACAAAGAUGACUGCUGAAUGCAGUUGAUCUAUAGGCAGGGCGGUAAUGGUCAGUACAGCAGCUAAAGGGUUGAUAUUCUCAAGUAAAGAUCUUAAGUAGUAUGGGUACUCAACGAUGGUAGUGAAGUAAGAACUUUAUUAUUUAUCUAGAUAGCAUAUCAUUUGAGACUAGGGGGAUCUGUUCAUGAAACAAAUUUAUACACAAAAGGUGCAUUUUAGGCCUUUUCUAUUUAAAUUUUUUGAUCAACCUACAGUAAAAGGCUGCUAUAACAAACACAGCUAUAAUGAACAUUUGGCGCAUGAAUACGUUCAAAUUUAACUUGCAAUGGUCUCCCAGACUAAUCCCCGCCUCCAAUAACUUUAGAUCAUUCAAAAUAUGCAGUGGAUGGACCGGGAACCAGUCUAGGUCUCCCCCAACUGUCCUUUUCUGGCUGUUGAAGGAGUACUUGUGCACGGAGCCCAUUACAUCCCCUGUGGCCCCCGUUCUAUUGUAAUGUACAAUCACUAUAACAAAUGACCACUUAUAGCGAACAUUUUUUUAUGGACCCCAUCAUGUUCAUUAUAGUGGCGUUCUACUGUAUUGGCUUUGCACCACUUCUCACUUUUUAAUUUUCAUCGUCUGUCCGUCCUCAUGUUUGUUGGGAUGGAGGUUGGUGAAGAAAUGCACCUCGUUUAGUUUUACAUUUUUUUUUUUCAACCCUUAAAUUCACUUUUUGCAUGCAUCGCAAUAGCCAGUAAUAUUUUAAAGGUUCUUUUAUGAACCCACAAGAACUACUGUUUAUAUUCACCAAAAAAAUAUAAUCCUGCCAAGAUUUUCUAUGUUCUGCAUAAUGUGGCCUCAUGAAUACUUUGAGGCUUUUUAAACAUUCCAUUUCUUUUUUACUUUCCAGGUUUUUGUUGAUGGUUUGUCAUGUUUAUGUCAUAUUUGGUUUGAAUAAUAAAACCAUUGUGGCUUUUAAAUGACUUGUUGAUACAUGUACAUGUAAGAUAAAGUAUAUAUUUGCUGUGAAAAUA